ACGUGACGCGCCGCAGAUCUGUCACAUGACCGCGGGCAGUGAACAUGGCAGACCGUCGGGAGUAUGAGGGUCUGCUGGAUGAUGAAGAAGAUGAUGAUGAAGGCGUGUCUCCGCACCUGAGCCCGCUGUGUGACCCGACUCACCUGCUGCACCGGAUCCUGGUCCUGGUCUUCAUGUGCUUCCUGGGCUUCGGUAGCUACUUUUGUUAUGAUAACCCCGCAGCUCUCCAGACUCAAGUCAUACAGGAUAUGGGUCUGAACACAGCCUCGUUCAUGCAGCUGUAUGCGUGGUACUCAUGGCCUAAUGUUGUGCUGUGCUUCCUGGGGGGCUUUCUGCUGGACCGGGUGUUUGGCAUCAGGCUGGGGACGAUCAUCUUCUCAUUGUUUGUGUUAUUAGGGCAGAUCAUAUUUGCUGCUGGAGCUCUGGCCAAUCACUUCUGGCUGAUGAACCUGGGCCGCUUCGUGUUUGGCAUCGGCGGAGAGUCGCUGGCUGUGGCUCAGAACACGUAUGCAGUGAACUGGUUCAAAGGAAAAGAGCUCAAUCUGGUGUUCGGCCUGCAGCUCAGCAUGGCCAGAGUGGGCAGCACGGUCAACAUGAACGUCAUCGGUUGGGUUUACGGCCGCAUCGAGGCCAUGCUGGGCUCAACGGGACACACCACGCUCGGGAUAACACUCAUGAUCGCGGCGUCCACCUGUCUGUUCUCCCUCAUUUGUGCUCUGAUCCUGGGCUUCCUGGACAGAAGAGCAGAGAAGAUCCUCAAGAAGGAGCAGGGAAAAACCGGGGAAGUCAUCAAGCUGACGGAUGUCAAGGACUUUCCCGUCUCUCUCUGGCUCAUCUUCAUAGUCUGUGUGGCCUAUUACGUGGCCAUCUUCCCAUUCAUUGGACUGGGCCAAGUUUUCUUCAUCGAGAAGUUCGCCUUCACUACCGUCCAGGCCAGAGCCAUCAACAGUAUCGUGUACAUCAUCUCGGCCCCGGCGUCUCCUCUGCUGGGGUUCGUGGUGGAUCGGAUCGGCAGGAACGUCUUGUGGGUUAUGCUGGCCGUAAUCACCACGCUCCUCUCUCACAUGAUGCUGGCCUUCACCUUCUGGAACCCUUGGAUCGCAAUGUGUCUGUUAGGUCUGUCGUAUUCGCUGCUGGCCUGUGCUCUGUGGCCCAUGGUGGCGUUCGUGGUGCCAGAGCAUCAGCUGGGAACCGCGUAUGGAUUUAUGCAGUCCAUACAGAACCUGGGCCUGGCGCUCAUGUCCAUGGCUGCGGGGAGCAUCUUAGACCUCAAAGGAUACCUGUUCCUCGAGGUCUUCUUCAUCGCCUGCCUGUGCUUGGCUCUGCUGGCAGUGGUUCUGCUGUAUCUGUAUAAUUCUUACAAAGAGGGAGAGCUGAACCUAUCGGCCUCGGAACGAACCAGCCGAAUGAAGCCUGAGUGAAGCACGUCUGAUCUCCUUCACCUCGGGCCUUUCUGCACUGACCACUCUCUCUGACACGUCACCGAGCGCUUCAGACUACCCACAAUCCUUCACUGAGCACCUCCCAACCCAUGCACAGACAUCUUCAGUCAGCUCCACAUUAUUUCCAUUACAGUUAAACACAUUUUAACCCGCAUUCUUGCUCCUGUCAUACAAAAAAAAUAUAUUAAUUGAAAAUGUAUAUUUUAUAAUUUACUACUAUAAUUAUCUCAUUGUAGUAUUUGUUUUACUAAUAUUUAAUUGCCUUUUAAUAACUGUAGUGUAAUUUAUGACUAAUAAUGAAACUGUACCUACAUUUUAAUCACUAUUAUUGUAGUAGUGCAUGGGUUAAAUGUGUUUAAUCAUCUUGAAAAUAAUGUCACAAUAAUGUCCUAAAAUAGGUCCUGAACCUGUAUGAGUUGCUUUCUUCUGCUGAACGAUAAUCUCGUUAUCCAACGUUACAUUCUCUCUCUCUCUCUCUCUCUCUCUCUCUCUCUCUCUCUUACUCUCACUCUCUCUCUCUCUCUCUAUAUACACACACACACACGGUAUAUACACACUGUGACAGUCAGUGGCUUGAGUCAGUGUCUGGUGUCCAUGUGUAAUGUGCAGACAGAGGUGUGGAUGAGUUUCAGCAAACAAACACAGAGAGCACUUACAACAAGAAAAUUACAUAAACCAAUGACUGACAAAAGAACCAAGAAAACAGGUUCUUAUGUACUGUAUCUUAGUAUGAAACAUCAUACUAAUCAAUGAGCUUCUUGAGAUAAGCAGAAAUAUCUUCAGGGUCCAGCCAAACCAAGUCAGAUCUGCAUUAGUUCAGUUCUCCGUGUGACGAGACGUCAGUCAGGGUUCAUACUGUCUGUGGUCACUAAUCAACAACUAGCUCUUGAUUGGGGAGUAUCUCUUCACAGAUUCACUUAAAUGAUUGAAAUGAUUUGAGCUCCACUCUAAAAAAUGCCUCAUGCCUUAACUUUUUGAUUGUUUUUAGUCAGUUUUAAUAAUUCUGGUUUGUUUUGAACAUGUAACAAUUUUCACUUAGAAAUUGCUAGUAAAUUUGACAAAAUUAAGUAUAGUCAAGUAACACAUUGAAUUAAACAUUAUUUUUUGAAGUAGACAGACUGGAAUAGUGUUGUCUUCUAAUUAUUCUGGUAUAACUUCAAAAACUCAUUUUUUACAGUGCACUUCUCAAAAGACAAUAAAUAUAGAUUUUUUAUUUAAUUUCGUGUAUGUAUGCUUCUCAGUGCUUAGAUUAGAAUAGGGUUGUACGAUCAAGAUUGAUUUUAUGUGCACAUGCAUAAUCUGAACCCUUUAUUUUAUUUUUUACUAUAUAUGUUUUAUAUACAUUUUUGUUUCCAAUGUAUGACUUAACCUUUUUUUUUUUUUUUUUUUGCAGUUAUAUUUAGACGUUACAUUUUUUUUUUUAUAUAUAUAUAGUGGAAUAUGAACAGUAGCAAAUUAGCUAAUAUUUUUGUUUCAAAUCCGAUUUUGGAUGACAUUCAUAUUUGUAUUUGUCUUUUGUACUGUACACUCUCUAUAUACUCUUUCUUUGAGUGUGUAAUGCUGUAUUUGUAAUGCAGCUGUAUAUUUGAUACACAUGUAUAAAGUUGUCCUGUUUGUCUUCCGACCGCUGCAGUGCAGCGCGAGUCCAAACCCUUCAGCUGGGUUAUCUGAGUUACUCUGGUUUGAUGUGUGUACUGUGGGGUUUGGGAGCUCACUGUGAUAAUAAAACAUCAGAUACACAGUUUUGUCUGUGUGUGAGCUGCGCUUGUGUUGUGUCUCAGGGAUGCUCAACGUCUGCGUGUCCCUCAGCCGUCUGUGGAGGAUCACGAUCAUCUGAAGCCUCUGUCUCCGUUCGGUCUGCGGAUCCGCUAUCUGUCCAGACUGGGAGUGCAGGUAUCACUGGACAUCUCAAAGCGUCUGAUGGAGCUCGCGGUGGUCUCACACAGGUGUUGUUGUGUUGGCAGAUGCCGGACCACAGGUCUUCACUGGCCUACAGGAGUGUCCUCAGAUGAGGUGUGCUCCACGCUGUCCAGUAACGCUGCCAGAGACAAAUGCAUUUGUGUUAAUAAACUUUUUGUGUGUGUGUGCAUCUA